CUUUUGACAUUUGCCAAAAUCGAAAUCAACGAUAAACAUGUCUGACUGGAGUAUUUCCUUGUCACAAUCUGAUUCGCAAAUAUUUCCAGCUUAAAGUCUAUAUUUGUGCAUGUGUCUAUGGAAGGAGGUGGUGCUUUGCACGAAACUCUGAUGUCGUUUGUGGAUGAAUUGAUAUGAUUGUUCCCUGUUGAUGAAAAAUGGCGCGCUCGGACUCGAAUGGGACGACCAAAAACAUUCUCCCUUUUUCACGUGUUAUUACAGAAGGGACAACUAUUCCUUCGUCAGUUCAGCCUCCAUUACCUUUCAAUGUCCACCUUGGUUUUGCAGUGGUGUUCAUCGCAAUCUAUGCAUUGUUAUUCUUCUUCAUCAUCUCACAGCUUACGCUCAUWCUCUACUACAGACAUCGAAGACUUUCCUACCAAAGUUUCUUUCUCUUUACGUGUUUGUUCUGGGCAGGAGCGAGAACUUCACURUUUUCGUUUUACUUUCACGAUUGCAUGACAGUUAACAAUUUGCCAGCWUUUCCGAGAUGGCUUCUAUUCGCUUUGCCAAUUUACUUGCAGUUUUUGAUGCUGACGUUGUUGACAUUAUAUUUGGUGAAGUUUUUAGUCAAGUCUGGAAGGACUUCCUUAGAACCAGCAAGAUACAAGAGAACACCUAAUGUGAUAUUCACUAUUUCAAAUCUGAUAUUCCUGGUUAUAAAUGUCAUCAGCUCUGUAUUUUGUCCCGACCAAAGUGCUUCUCGUGGACUAGUCAUUACAAGAGUGAUUGUCAAUGAAUUUUUGUUCAUUUUUGCUGGAAUUCUUCUUUGUCUGUCUAUGAGGAAGAUCACCAAAACGUCUAAUUCAAGUUUUUUCUUGGAAGGACAGAGUACAACAGUGUGCCAGGCUACAAGUAUUUGCCUCAUAGUUGUGUUUCUUUAUAUAUCCCGAGCUGUUUACAACAUGAUUGCUAUUACAGUACCACACGAUUUGUCAACAUUUGGAUUUGGGUGGAUUAAUAUCUCAGAUGAGGGAGAGAUAAACAAUCAUGACAGAAUACAGAACAAUGUCAGAGCAUUAACAUUUGUUGCAUUUGGAGUGGUUUUGAUUUUAUGGGAGGUCUUUCCAACUUUCAUGAUAAUUUGGUUUUUCCGAGUUCGUCGGCCAAAGGAUGUGUCAGCCAAUGUGUUGCAGGGACCAAGCGUUAUUGCAAAUUCGAAUAGUUUCGAUAAAAGGUCAUAUUUCUUUGAUAAUCCACAUCGUUAUGAUUCAGAUGAAGACAUCCAAACCAAUGCCCACAAUAAAAGUAAUUAUGAUAUUCCUGGAAUUCUGAGCCCUUCGGCCACUGGUGCACAUUCUAUUAAUACAACGCGAUCAUAUGGAUCAAUAGCAGGCUUGAAGAGUGGAAGCUUCAAUCGCAGUAGCAGUAGCUAUCCCAUACCAGGAACAACACCACCAAUGUUAUUUAAUGGACGUCAAAGUGGCUAUCAGAGAAGUCACUUGGAAACUGUUAAAGACCAUGAUUGAAUAUACAUAUUUUGAUACAUAAAUUGAUAGUGCCAAUUACAGAURAACAUCCUCCUAAACCCAAGAGAAGGAGGAUUACUCUUGGGUUUCUGAGGGUAUCAUUUAAUAUAAGAAGUAUAACAACGGUUUUAGGUUGAUCUAAUCAACAUAUAGAAGUCCUAACUAUAAUUUAUCAACUAAAGAUUUUGUGCAGUGCAAUUGAGAGGUUCAUGUACUAAUUAUAGAGUGGUUCCCAUACCCUGAAAAUGGUUAGAGGGGACCCCUGGAUCUCUAACAGGAGAGCCUACAUAGCACUCAGUUGAUGUAAUGUAUUCAUAAAGAUAAUUAUAAUGCAAAACACAUAAUAYAUUUUAUGAAUACAUUACAACAACUGCGUGCUACGUACUAGGCUCUURCAAUCUCUACCAUUGACCAGGCUACUCAAACUAGCUAUGAACUUUCCUAAAGUGCUUAAGGAGUGAUUUUGAACUGGAUACAUUAUAACAGUGCAAUCUUCUGUUAAGUGCAGUGAUACUCAACCUGGUACAUAUAUUAUGAACAGUCUUGUUAUAGGUGCUCAUAUAUAAACGGUUGUCCUUGUAAGACUGUUGCUCCACAGGAUAAUGACUCCAAUGUAUCAAAAUAGUCAUUGAGUAUAAGUUUUGUACCAAUAGCAAAGAUAUACAUUAUCGUGCAUUACAUUUAAGAAAAUUUAUAGUAGAAAGUCUUGUACAUCUUCAUGUCUGGAAAUAUUCUUAUCAAUCUGGUUAAUAUAUACUAUAAAAAUACAAAAAAUUCUAGGAUAAAAAGAAAAUACAUUUUUAUUUUAGUGAUAGAAUUAUUAU